AUGAAGAGGGACUUCAUUCAGCUCCUGACACUCUUCCUUACUGUCCAGUGUGUUUUUACCCUGGAAAAUAGUGGGUGCACAGGGUCAAAAUGUGACUUUGUGUGCGACUGCACUGACUGCAGCGAUGAGCAGGACUGUGGUUAUCGUGGGAGAGAUUUUGUGUGUGAUUUUGAGGACGCAGGGAACUGUGGAUGGACAUAUAAGUCAGUUGAAGGUGAUGGAUACAUGUGGGAGAGACGUCAGAGGGGAGACCCAUUGCCUAACAGUGGACCUUCAUCUGACUACACCAUUGGUACAUCAGCAGGUUGGUUCAUGGCGGUAACUGCAGUGAAUGCAGACUCUCCUAGAACAGUUGUCCUGACAUCUCCCAGAAUGAAACAGUCCGCCGUGACCUGCCGUCUUCAUCUCCGCUACUUUAUAUGGGACUCAAGAUUCACUGUGUUGGAAAACAGCGUUCUUUGGGCAGAAGUGUGGACUGAGGAGGGUCAAAAUGCUGUUGUGUGGAGGCCGGAGAGCUCAAGUGUUCGUGCAUGGAAGGAAGGCAUCAUCUUCUUGGGACGCAUUCCUGGCCCCUUUGAGAUCCAGUUACACUCACGGCGUCAAGAUGGGAGGAGUGGAGACAUAGCCAUCGAUCAACUGGAAUUCAUGGACUGUGCACUCCCAGGAACUGCAGACGCUGAGGGCUGUGGGGUGGGCUUUUUCCGGUGCAAACUGGGAGGCUGUGUGGAAGAACGUGCAGUGUGUGAUGGCACAGAUGACUGCGGAGACAGAACGGAUGAGGAGAACUGUGGAGGGUAUAUGAGUUGUGACUUUGAGGAAAAUCUGUGUGGGUGGGACGUAAGAUCGUUUUCAUCACUGAAGUGGAAAAGGACCAACCAGAUGAAUAUCUCAACAUCUGACCCUCUAAGAGGCCCUGGGAGAGACCAUUCCACCAAUACUGCUUCAGGUCAUUUCCUGUAUGUUACCAAGCCAGAUGUGCUUAAACAAGAUUGGGCAUCUUUUCAAAGUCCUCAUCUGGAACCCACCAACAGCUCACAUCCUUGCCGUAUGGUGAUGUACACACACCAGUUUGGUGGUGUCUCAGGGGGUCUAUCAGUGCUGGUGGCAGAGAAACAGAUUUACCCAGUGUGGGAGCGUGGGGGUUCACUGGGUGAUCUGUGGGUGAAGGCUGAGACAGAGUUUGUAGUCAACAGCACAUUUCAGAUAUUGUUUGUUGCUGCGAUUAGAGACCAAGCAUAUGGAGGCAUUGCAGUUGAUGAUAUUACACUGUCCCCUGAAUGCCGUCUGUCCAACUCAUCAGUAAAACCAGAUUUUUUCCCCAAACCACCCAAACACCCCUGCACAGAAGCCAGCAAGAUUUGUGACUUUUACAAGGACUGUGCAGGGGACGAGGAUGAAGCACAGUGUGGAGACUUUUCAUAUAAGCAGGGGAGCAAGGGUUGGACAGACACCAGUAUUGGAAACCAAGGUUGGAAGCUUAUGGAAAAUACCUCAUCUACAGAAGCGUACUUGUAUGUGGGUGAAGCUGCUGGUCAGCAGCUGACAGAAGCUCAAACUCGCACCCCUCCGCUCGGCCCGUCCGGCCCCGCCUGCACUCUCAAGUUUUCCUACAGCCUCACAGGCAACAACACACACAUCGGUGAAGUGUCUGUACUCGUAGUGGACAGUGUGUUGGGCUCUCUGCCUCGGCUAUGGGAGUUUGCUGGGAGGACAGGUGAGAACCUGACGGAAUCGUGGGUAAAAGAGGAGGUCUAUAUUGGUGCCAGAGAUCAUCGCUUCCAGCUGGAGUUCAGAGCUCGUGCUCGAAAUCUUAACCCGGAUGCAAGGAUAGCAGUGAAGGAUGUUCAUUAUGUCAACUGCAACCCAGAGUACAUACCCUCGACUACUGAUGGACUAUCAUGUAACUUUGAGACUGACUUAUGUGGAUGGUACCAAGAUCAAAUGGACAACUAUGACUGGAGUGUUCAGGAUGGCACUGACCACACUAUUGGAAGUGGUAGAAGUCUGGCCGUGAAUAUGUGGAACAUGACACUGCGGGGUCUCUCUGGUCGUCUUCUUUCACUCCGCCAGAAUUCAGUGGAUAAUCACUGUCUCUUAUUCUUCUACAAAAUCCACGGCCCUCAACCAGGUGCACUCAAUGUUAAGCUGCUUUUCAAAGACGGCUCAGAGGAUCUGUUAUGGACCCGGUUUGGGGCUCACGGAAAUGUGUGGCAGGAAGCACACUGCCCAGUGCCUCAACAAAUUAUUACUUAUCAGUUGGUGUUUGAGGCAGUGCGCACAGGUUUUGAUGGACAGGUGGCUAUAGAUGAUGUGGCAUUUGUAAAAGGCCCGUGCUCUCUGCCCACUAUGUGCUCAUUUGAGGGUCAGCGCUGUGGCUACACUAACAAUAGAGAUGGUCUCUGGGUUCACCAGACCUGGGAUGCGACCAGAAUUGGCCCUCAGAUCGACCACAGUCUCGGGACACAGAUGGGUUCCUACAUGCUGGCCCACAGCGGGGCAGAUGCCCUUCCCCAAGGCAGUGUGACGACUCUCAUCUCUCCUGUACGCCAUGGUGUGACUCACACUGAGUGCGUUUAUUUCUGGUACAACAUGGGGGGACAUAACCCAGGUACUCUAAGGUUGUAUGUAAAGCCUGCUGAUGGGGACAGAAUCCUGCUGUUCUCCAACAGUCUGAAUCAGGGACCUGUCUGGCGUCUUGGCAUGGGCAAUGUUAGCUGGCAUGGAGUCUGGCAGUUGCAGUUUGAGGUGGAGGGAGGUGGAGGAAAAGACGCUUAUUUUGCUAUUGAUGACAUCAGCUUCUCAACUCACAGCUGUCCCACAGCAGAAAAAGUAUGUGAUCUGGAGCAAGGUCUGUGUGGAUGGAGCAACACUCAGAGCCACUAUCUGGAUCACUUAGAUUGGGAGCUAAGCAACCUGCUGUCUGAAACACACUACCCCACCCCACCAUACGACCACACACUGCAAAAUGAAAAAGGUCACUUCCUUUUCCUUCCACACACACCACGGGAUUCUGCGACCCGUAAUGCCUGGCUGCUGAGUCCCCAUCUUCCUCCCACCAAAGGCACCUGCCUGUACUUUUGGGUUUAUCAGCCCAUUGCCCAAGAUAGCAGGUUGAUGGUGUGGACCUACUCCAAUGGGCCCAAAACUGAGCUUUUUAGCCUUACUGGGGCUGGAGGAACAUGGACGCAUUUCAAAUUAAAUGUCACUUCAGAGACUGAGUACCAAAUUGUGUUUGAGGGUCUUAAAGGAGCAAAGGGUGUUCUUGCUUUGGAUGAUUUUGGCUACACUGUUGGAGUCAACUGUGUUGGAGAACAGACAGACCAGCUAACUUCAACAUCGCCUAACAGCACAGGAGUGAUCGCUGCCUGUGUGGUCAUAGCCAUUCUGCUGAUGGUGGCACUAGCUGUUUUACUGUUCUACUACCUGAGGAUGCGUAAGCAUGCCAAAUCUCAAACACAGGACUCGAGUGGGAAUGUGGCUGAUCCAGGCUAUACAAAUGAACUAUAUGAACCAGAGCGGGAGGUGGCAUAA